ACUCACUUCCCAUGAGAUAGGCCCUCUGAAAAUGCAGUUGAUAUCGAGCUUCAUUGUUGCUGGUUCGUCGAUUUAACCGAGAACAGCACUUGUGAGUUCUUCGCUCUGUUUGAGUUGAGCUUGAAAUCUUCAUCCUGUUUAGUUUAGUUUUUUUUUUCAAUGGCGGGGACUCUAUGGCUGUGUUUCGGUGCGAUCCUUCUAUCGGUGGUUUUUGGCGCUGAAUCGAAGUUCAUGGUGUAUAAUACCUCGCAGAGUGUUGUUCCUGGGAAGCUUAAUGUUCACUUGGUCGCGCAUACGCAUGACGAUGUAGGAUGGUUGAAGACGGUUGAUCAGUAUUAUGUUGGCUCUAAUAACUCCAUCCAGGGAGCUUGCGUGCAGAAUGUGUUGGAUUCUAUGGUUACAGCUCUACUGGCUGACUCGAAUCGAAAAUUUAUAUAUGUAGAGCAGGCAUUUUUCCAAAGAUGGUGGAGAGAUCAGAGUGAGACUGUUCAGGAUGUAGUCAGGAAACUCGUUAGCUCGGGUCAAUUAGAAUUCAUAAAUGGGGGCAUGUGUAUGCAUGAUGAGGCAGCAACACAUUACAUUGAUAUGAUUGAUCAAACAACUCUUGGGCAUAGAUUUAUAAAGGAGGAGUUUGGUGUUACUCCCACUGUUGGUUGGCAAAUUGAUCCCUUUGGCCAUUCUGCUGUGCAGGCUUACCUAUUGGGAGCAGAAGUUGGGUUUGAUUCACUUUUUUUCGGUCGGAUAGAUUACCAAGAUAGAGCCAAGCGUAAAGUUGAGAAGAGUCUUGAAGUUGUUUGGCAGGGUUCUAAAAGCCUUGGUUCAUCUGCUCAGAUUUUUGCUGGUGCUUUCCCUGAGAACUAUGAACCUCCAUCUGGUUUCUACUUUGAAGUUAAUGAUGCUUCCCCAAUAGUUCAAGAUGAUAUUAACUUGUUUGAUUACAAUGUUCAAGAUCGAGUGAAUGAUUUUGUUGCUGCUGCUGUAGCGCAGGCAAACAUAACUCGAACAAAUCAUAUAAUGUGGACAAUGGGAACAGAUUUCAAAUACCAAUAUGCACACACCUGGUUCAGGCAGUUGGACAAGCUCAUUCACUACGUGAACAAGGAUGGACGUGUAAAUGCUUUGUACUCGACUCCAUCCGUUUACACUUCUGCAAAAUUUGCUACAAAUAGUUCCUGGCCAGUCAAGACUGAUGACUUUUUUCCCUAUGCAGAUCGUGAAAAUGCUUACUGGACAGGAUACUUCACAAGUAGGCCAUCCUUCAAGUACUUUGUCAGAAUGAUGAGUGGUUAUUAUCUGGCAGCAAGGCAACUGGAGUUUUUCAUAGGAAGGAGUAGCACAGGCUCAAAUACGGAUUAUUUGGCUGAUGCCUUAGCAAUUUCUCAACAUCAUGAUGCAGUUACCGGUACAGAAAAGCAGCAUGUAGCAAAUGAUUAUGCAAAACGACUGUGGAUAGGCUAUAAGGAGGCUGAGAAGUUAGUGGCAUCUGCACUUGCUUGCUUAGUGGAGUCUACUCCAUAUUCUGAAUGUGGUAACCCGACUACAAAGUUCCAACAGUGCCCCCUUCUAAAUGUAAGCUAUUGUCCUGCAUCAGAACUUGAUCUAUCUCAAGGAAAAGAUUUGGUUGUUGUUAUCUACAACUCUCUUGGAUGGACUAGGAAUGAUAUCAUACGAAUACCUGUUAUCAGUGAAGAUGUUGCAGCUAAAGAUUCUGAAGGGAGAGUAAUCGAGUCACAACUCCUUCCUAUUGCUGAUGCAAACAUGCACUUGAGGAAUUAUCAUGUAAAGGCCUACUUAGGCAACAAUCCUACUGCAACUCCAAAAUUUUGGCUUGCAUUUCCAGUUUCAGUUCCACCAUUUGGCUUCAGCACAUAUAUUAUCUCAACCUCCACCAGGGCAGGCGUUAAUUCAAUAAAAUCUUCUGUUCAUACAUUUCCGAGCGGUGAUAUUUCCACUUUUCAAGUCGGUAACGGAAACCUGCAGCUUAAAUUUUCUGCAGAUCAAGGAAAAAUUGUUUAUGGAAACAGCAAGAGAUCGGUUGAUGAAUUGGUUGAUCAAUCAUACAGCUACUAUUCAGGAUAUGAUGGAAGACGGGACAAAGCUCCACAGAAUGCUGGGGCUUAUAUUUUCCGUCCAAAUGGGACAUUUCCCAUAGUUCCCAAUAAACAGGUUCCCGUGACAGUUAUACGAGGUCCGUUGAUCGAAGAAGUACAUCAACAGAUAAAUCCCUGGAUCUAUCAGGUAACCAGACUUCAAAAGGAAAAAGAGCACGUUGAAGUAGAAUUUACUGUUGGGCCGAUACCUAUUGAUGAUGGAGUUGGCAAAGAAGUAGCAACUCAAAUUACAACUUCUAUGAAAACCAACAAAACAUUUUAUACAGAUUCCAAUGGCAGAGAUUUCAUCAAAAGGAUUCGUGACUAUAGAGCAGACUGGAACCUGGAAGUGAACCAACCCGUUGCAGGAAAUUAUUAUCCAAUAAAUCUUGGGAUCUAUACACAAGAUGAUAAGAAAGAAUUUUCAGUUUUGGUGGAUCGUGCUGUAGGGGGCUCCAGCCUAGUUGAUGGGCAGUUAGAGUUGAUGCUUCACAGGAGGCUAUUACUAGAUGAUUCCAGAGGUGUUGAAGAGGCUUUAAAUGAAACAGUUUGUAUUAAUAAUGAAUGCAGAGGACUAAUCAUUCAAGGAAGGUUAUAUUACAGAAUUGACCCUUUAGGAGAAGGUGCCAAAUGGCGACGUUCUUUUGGUCAGGAGAUCUUUUCUCCACUUCUCCUAGCCUUUGCUGAACAGGAUGGAGAUAAUUGGGCAAAUUCUCAUAAACUUACUUUCUCUGGAAUUGAUUCCUCAUACAGUUUACCCAAAAAUGUUGCUGUUAUAACUUUACAGGAACUUCACGAUCGAAACGUUCUACUUCGAUUGGCUCAUUUGUAUGAGACUGGAGAGGAAAAGGAAUAUUCAGUGAUUACUAGAGUAGAACUAAAGAAGCUAUUUCCAGGAAAGGAGAUCAAGAGGGUAACAGAAAUGAACUUGUCUGCAAAUCAAAAAAGGACAGAUAUGGAGAAGAAACGAAUGGUGUGGAAGGUAGAGAAUGGUUCAAAUGAAGUUAAAGCCAAGAGAGGAGGAGCUAUAGACCCUAAAAAGUUAGUGGUGGAACUCUCCCCUAUGGAAAUCAGAACCUUUAUCAUUGAGUUGGAAGAGAAGCUCAGCCGCAAACUGGUUUUUGAUGCCUAAUAUGCUCAAUGAAAGGCUAUACGAGCUAUAAAUUGAUAAACGAUGAGUGACUUGGAGAGAACCAUGUGACGAAAGCGGGCGCUACGGAAGAAUUAGCCUAAUCCAACUUUCAAGCCCCCAAUGGUCGCAGCAUAAUGAAGAGCCAAAGUCUAAUUGGUCUCUCCAUGGUUACACAUCCAAUUUCGUUUAACAAGAGCAUGAUUUUUAUCACUCCUUUGAGAUCACUCGUAAGAGAACAAAACCUUUAUAAGGGUGUGAAAACCGCUCCCUAGCAGAGGUUUUUUAAAAAGCUUGAGUAAACUCAAAAGAAAACGCCCAAAGAAGACAAUAUCUACUAGCGGUGGACUUAGCUAUUACACAUUCAUGUAAGUAGGGAGGUUCGAUAAUGUAGCUCCCUUAUAUACAUGUGAGUGACUCAACACGUUAGUCUUCUAUCGAUUUCCUCCACAAAGAGGUCCAAAACAACGAUUGACGUUUAUCAACGAGGGGAAGGGUCAAGAUAUUCUUUUGACCGUUGGCCUUGUUCACAACCAAAAUUGAUAGCAAUCAAUACAAACCAAUAGCCUUCUCCAAGAAGCUCACAAGGCCAAGAAGGUUGUCGAUAGCUAAAGCAUCCAUGGAAGAAAAGAGAAUAAUGUCAUCAGCAAAAAGAAGGCCACGGACCCAAAGAGAACUCUUCCCAAAGGAAGAGCGAGGGAGGGUCGCCUUGUUUAAGGCCUCUCCUGAUAUGAAUCAUUCCCCCAGGGCCGCCAUCAAAUUUAUUUUUCUAAUCCAUGUUAUCCUUUACAACUUAGGAACUCACGUUCAUAAAUGUUAAUGUGUUCAAACUACGUUGUAUCCAAUCGCUCGAACUUCACUACUUGAUCCAUAUGAUUAUGUGAAUUUCCAUUU